AUGACACCAUCCCACCCUCAAGUUCGCAUACAGACAGAUCCACCUCAAAUCUUCAAUAAAUCAAGCUCGACCACAGAAGCCAGAAAGGACUUGCGAUGGAUACCAGCUAACUCUACUUGGUCCAAAUGGAAACCCGUCAUUCGAAGUGCCCUUGCCGCCUGGAUCGCUGUAGUGGUGUUUAUUAUUCCCCGAACAGAGAAUAUAAUGGGGCAGGCAGCCUUCCUUAUUAUAAUAGCUUCAUUUUUAUCACCGCCUAGUGAUCCUUUCAUGGCAGUUCUGGAACGCGAAAUCAUCGUACUCAUCUUUGUGGCAUUAGGUUGGGGCUGGGUCUGCUUGGGCCUUUUGUUUGCUAGCUUCGCUCGCACACAAACCGUACCCGAUGCUAGUAUAGGCACUAUUAUCACAGGACAGUACAUCGAAGCAUGGCCCACUGUUAUCAUGGGCGUUUUCCUUUUCAUCGGAAGUGUUUUCUUCUUGUACAUCAAGGCUAGACUAGGCCCCGGACCUUUUCUCCCUGCUUCGGUGUUUGGAUGUAUAUGUGUCGACAUUUCCUUAACCACCGCGGUUCUUUUUCCUUAUCCAUAUUACAAGAUCGGUCAAUUAAUCAUUCUUCCCCUGGCCUUUCACUCUGCGAUCUCCCUCGUCAUAUCUAUUCUCGUGUUUCCGCAAUCUGGGGCCGUCGCGCCUCUUACAACGACUAUCUCAUUGCAUAGGUCUCAUCUCCUUGAAGACGUCACCUCAUCUGUGUUCUCCCACACACAGAUUACAGAUGCAACAAACAAAGCUGAGAAUGCAUUACCUAUGCUCGCAGUUGCUGCCCGACUACUAAGGGUUGAUAUCGUCUACGCACGCUUCGCGCCUACUGAUUACAACGAGUUGCACGCGAUCACGCGGAAGCUUAUGGUGCGAGUGCAUGGCAUGGGUGUAUACUAUACACUCAUCGAUCCGACGCGAGAGCGAUUCCCUGUCACUCCCGCUGCUUCCCGUCCCGCAACACCUGUACGUUCCAGACCACCAUCACCUCGGCCUGAUCGGCGGUCCUCCAUGACGACAGAAGAGAAGCACGCGUCCUCGGCCGACCAGGAACUCAGAGAUCGCAAACCAUCCCGCCACCAGCGGCCGCUAUCUUCCCACCCACGGUCACAUCCUGCGGGCUCCACCUCACCCUUCCAUUCGCACCGUACACAUAAGCACUCGCACUCGCACCACACACACAACACACUCUUGCACAGCUCCUUACUGCACCUGGCGCUGUCCCGGGUGCCAAAGCGCUCGGAAACAGCGGUAGGUGUAUUUGAAUCGCAAAAAUAUCUGAACUUGGAGGCGAUCCAUUUAUCGCAUCCGGAUUCAGCUUCCUUCACCGCUCGAGCAACGGAGCUACUCAGCGACAGCUGCCAGGAUCUCCUAGGUGUGUGCGAGGAAGUGCUUGUAAUAUCUGGGGCCUGGAUAGGCAAUGCUAGGAAGUUCAGCUUCAAUUUUUGGAGGGGUCAUCAUGAAGACAAGGCGCAAAUCCACAGCAGAGAAGUCCAGAAGUACGAGGAUUUACUUGAAAAGUUAACGAGGGAGUUAGAUGAAUUCACAACCAAGAAGAGAUUGACUGUGUUGGACCCAUAUCGUCCAAUGUUCGACCGCAGCUAUGGUGCAUCUAGUGACGAUGAAGUUCCUCCCCACCGGUAUCUAUUCCAUUGUUAUGUGUACCAAUACCAUCUCUUGCAGUUUUCUGUUGUAUUACAAGACAUGCUCAAAGAAAUCAUUCGACUCGAAACGGAAAGAAAGAAGCCCAGAUUAUGGCUUCCUUCCUUGCCAAAUUUGCUCACCUGGACAACAUGGGAACCGACUGAAACUAUCGAACGGGACGACGACGAGGAUCCUGAAAUAAUCCCAGGCGUGAACCCUGCUUGGAUGACGGACCUCGGAAAGGCAGUGAAACGCGAUCCCGAUGCACUUCCUCCAAGGAAUGCACUUGAAAUAGCCAUGAACUGGAUUUACCGCGCUGCCAUCGGCAUCGGAGGUGGAAACGUGCUCUUCGCCUUGAAAGCGGGAGCGUUAACAGUGAUCCUUUCUAUCCCAUCUUUCCUCAGGGUAUCGGCCGAGUUUGCAUACGCGAACAAGUUUGUUUGGGCGGUUUUCAUGGGUCAGCUUACCUUAGCACGUUUUCGUGGAGACACAACGUUUGGUCUAGUGGCUAGGCUAAUAAGUACCUUCGCUGGCGGCUUGAUUGGUACAACCAUGUGGUAUAUUUCCACAGGGAGUGGCCGAGGCAAUCCUUAUGGACUGGCAGCUGUGUGUGCGGUCUGCUACCCAUCAUUUUUCUUUGCUCGAUUGUAUUGGCCUAUCCCGCCCAUGACGAAUUUGAUUAUAUGGGUUACAGCGGCAUUGGUCAUGGGGUAUUCAUAUACAGACACUCAUUUGGCUGUCGCUUCGUCGCCAGGGUGGGGUAUCGAUGUGGCUUGGCGCCGUUUCGUACUAGUCUCCGUCGGUGUCUUAGCUGCAGGCAUUUUUUCCCUCUUCCCUCCGUCAAGAACUAUUCGUUCGUAUCAGCGGCGAACGCUAGCUACGACAUCAGCUGAACUUGGAUCGAUCUACUGUUCGGUUGUGUCUUACGCGAACUCACACGUAGAUAAAGACAGCACCAUCAUAAUUCGGAGCUUGUUAGCCAUCCGUAGCAAACUCAAGCGAUCACUCGUGCUGAAGGAGAACGUCAUAUACGAGUUUUCGCUGCGCGGAAAAUGGCCUGCGGAGAGGUACCACAAGAUAUUGGAGAUUCAACUGCAAAUCGCGUAUCAACUGUGUCAUUUGAUGUCCGUAGUGCAUCACCUGGAACCCGCUUGGGCUUAUGCCUUCCUUCGCCGGACCCGGAUGCUUGAUUCGGAUUUCCAAGGCGAUGUACUUGCUGUUAUCAGUCUCAUCUCCAAUGCACUGCGCACAGGCUCACCCUUGCCUCAAAUUACCCCAUGCCCAUUACUUGACAGGUUCAUGAUCAGGCAUCAUGGCUUGAACGUGGUGCAUGAGGAGUCAGAAGACAAUUACGGAUUGCCGCGGAUGCUUACUGUGGAAACGUUGGAGAAUUUGCAGUACCUGACAUUCUGCGUUGGCGUUUCCACCACCUUCGGAAUUAUCACUCGACUUGAUCGUUUGAUGGUUGCUGUUAAAGAGCUGGUUGGCGAGCAGUAUCAUAUUGAUGGUGUAGGGAUGGGGCAUCACAGAACGUGGACGGGAGAGAUGGCAUCGCCGACGUCGUCUAUGAGGGCGGCAGAAGUUUGAAUCGUUGACUGUUCGCGUUGUACGAUCUAGGAAGUUUUUUUCUGUACCAGUAAGUGCUGCACUCAGACCAAUCUAUCCUUUUCGAUUUGUCUACUGCGACGGAUAUCUGCACACAGCCAAGGAAAUAUUAUACCGAAUCACUCUAAUACCCCUCGCACGACAAUAAACCCAACAAUCAAUAGAUUACUUCUGCAAA